AUGCAACCACAAUCGGUCAAAGUGAUCCCGAUAAACAUGUCUCUUUUUUAUUGUCUUUCUUUUUCAGCGAUUGAUUUCGGUUUGUUCAUUCGUUCUCGUUUUUUUUUUCUUUUCUUCCGCAUUUUUCUCCAUUUUUUUCUUUCUUUCUUUCUUUCUUUCUUUCUUUCUUUCUUUCUUUCUUUCUUUCCGCUUUUUGAUAUUCAUCGUUCUUUCUUUCCCUGCUAUUUUUCUUCCUUUCUAUCCACCAUUUUGUUUUCAUUAUUCUUCUUUUCCUUGACCUUCAACGGUCUUCUUUGUUUCUUCUUUUUUUUUCUAUUUUUAUUCAUUUCUACCCACCUUUUGGUGUUCAUUGUUCUUCUUUACCCUGAUUUUCUUUCUUUCUUUCUUUCUUUUCUUUCUUUCUUUCUUUCUUUCUUUCUUUUUCUUCUUUCUUUCUUUCUUUCCACCUCUUGA